AUGCGUGCCCUCUUCGUCUACUGUGUUGGUCUCUUUACUUCGGUUUGGGCUCAGUCGAGUGCCGUCGAUGCAUAUAUUGCCUCAGAGUCACCUAUAGCCAAGGCCGGAAUAUUAGCGAAUAUCGGACCCAAUGGUUCCAAGUCAUCAGGAGCAAAGGCAGGCGUUGUGAUUGCCAGUCCCAGCACUUCCAACCCAGACUACUUGUAUACUUGGACCAGAGACUCCUCGUUGGUUUUCAAAGCGCUCAUUGAUCAAUACACGUCAGGUCUGGACACCACUUUGCGUACUGAAAUUGACAAUUUCGUCUCUGCGGAAGCCACUGUUCAGCAAGUGUCAAACCCCAGUGGAACGGUCUCGACUGGCGGUCUUGGCGAGCCAAAGUUCAAUAUUGAUCUGACAGCAUUCACGGGCUCCUGGGGAAGACCACAACGGGACGGACCGGCCCUUCGCGCCACCGCCAUGAUUUCAUAUGCUAAUUGGCUCGUCGCUAACGACAACACCUCCUACGUAUCCAGCACCUUGUGGCCCGUCAUCGAGCUUGAUCUGGGAUAUGUCGUCACCUAUUGGAACCAAACGGGCUUUGACUUGUGGGAGGAAGUCUCUUCUUCGUCAUUCUUUACCAGUGCUGUCCAACAUCGUUCACUGCGAGAGGGCGCCACGCUAGCUACUGCCCUGGGGGAUACCACUCUUGCUACUCAAUAUAGCACCCAGGCAGACAAUAUUUUGUGUUUCAUACAGUCGUACUGGAACCCCACUAGCCUCUUCAUGACAGCCAACACUGGCGGCGGUCGUUCCGGAAAAGAUGCCAAUACGGCUUUGGCUUCCAUUCAUACCUUUGACCCCUCGGCUGGAUGUGAUGCCGUUACCUUCCAACCUUGCUCUGACAAAGCAUUAUCGAGUUUGAAAGUGUACAUUGAUGCUUUCUGGUCGAUCUACACUAUCAAUAGUGGUAUUGCUUCAAAUGUGGCUGUCGCUACCGGCAGGUAUCCAGAAGAUUCGUAUCAGGGAGGAAACCCUUGGUAUCUGACAACAGCUGCGGUUGCGGAACAACUCUACGAUGCAAUAAUUGUCUGGAAGCAGACAGGAUCCAUCGAAGUCACCUCCACGUCCCUAGCCUUCUUCACUCAAUUCUCCUCUUCAAUCACAACAGGCGUGUACGACUCGUCCACCACGACAUACAGCGACUUGCUGACUGCGGUUCAAACGUUUGCUGAUGGUUUCUUGGCUAUCAAUGCCCAAUAUACACCUUCGGACGGUGGGCUUGCCGAGCAGUUCAGCAGGAGCGAUGGGUCGCCUUUGAGCGCUGUAGACUUGACGUGGAGCUAUGCAGCAACACUGACAGCGUUUGGCGCCAGGGCAGGCGUGGCACCUGCUUCAUGGGGUGCGAGUGGGCUGACGGUGCCAUCUUCUUGCUCCACUAGCUCAGGCGGUAGCGGCGGCAGCACAGUGAGUAUUACAUUCAACGAAGUUGCUACGACGGUUUGGGGAGAAAAUAUUUACUUGACCGGGUCGAUUGAUGCUCUGCAAGACUGGUCUACGAGUACCGCGCUUUUGCUGAACACUGAUAAUUACCCUACUUGGAGCAUUACACUGGACCUACCGGCGUCAACUACCUUCCAGUACAAGUUCAUUCGCAUCUACAACGGUGUGGUAACUUGGGAGUCUGACCCCAACAGAGAAUUCACCACUCCAGCUUCGGGAUCGGACAUUAUUAAUGACACGUGGCGUUGA